UUCAGUCACUCUGUCCAGUCUGCAGGAAACUUCUCAGCUGGUAUCGGUGGAUUCAAAUCAUUUCACGCCACAGACAGAAAACAAGUUGGAACAGUUCAGAUCUCGUCCGCGUUCGCUGCGAUAACAAACCCACACAUUUCUAUGCAGCCAGAAAAUGUAGCGAUUACCCUGCGGUGAAAGUCGUCUUUUAAUUGUUUAAUUGUAAUACAGGCGCGUUAAUGUAGUUCAAAAAGAGAGUUUUAAAAAAAAGUUUUUUAUUAUAUCAAAAUGCAGCCUUAAACUUUCUGUUUCGCACAGUGGAAGUUGAUUUUCAGUCCAGCAAUUCCUGUCAAGAUGGAAAGCUACACUCCUUAAGAAACCGGACGAGAUGGGAAAAUGGGAGUUAACAAUGAACCCAGUACAGGAAUGGGGCGAGGAGUUAGAGGGUGGCGCCGUUUACGGGGUCACUCUGCGUCGGUUGUCCGUCCCCAUCGCUCUUAACACCAGUGAGAUGAAUCCAUGCUGCGCUUUUGUCCAAUACCGAACCAGCAAGGUGCGGCGUCUGAAGGCCGCUAACCUGGACCUGCUCGUGAAUCACCUCCUUGACCCUGGCUGCCAGGAACAGGACUACAGCAGGAUCUUCCUCUCCACAUACAGAACCUUCACCAGUACCUCAGCACUCAUAGAGCUGCUCUUCCAGAGAGACAGUGCUGCCUCAGAUCUGGAGAACAGUGAAAGCUACAGGAGCCCUCUGUUGGCCUUUGUUCAGACAUGGUUGGACGAGUACAGUGAGGACUUCAGGGAUCCUCCCCUGCACCCAGCACUCAGGCUGCUGUUGGAUCACCUGCGGAUCAGCUCUGCAGUGCACGACAACAUGCGCAGCCAGCCCAACUUCUGCUCGCUGGCUGGGCAAGCUGAAGCACUGCUCAAGAGAAUCCAGAAAGAAGACGCUCAGACAGAUGUCAGUUCUGCCCAGGCAGUUCGGGAGCAAGAUGAGGUUGAUUCAGGUGAUGAAGAUUCAGGAUGUGAUAACUCUCUGGAUCAGGGUGACAUCAUGGAUUUCUCAUCUGAAGCCAUCGCUGAACAGCUCACCCGUAUGGACUCUGCUUUGUUUGUCAAAGUGGUGCCUUACCAGUGUCUGGGCUGUAUGUGGUCGCAAAGAGACAAGAAGGAAAACAUGUCUCCCACCAUCCGCGCCACCAUUGCACAGUUCAACGCCGUUACCAACCAGGUCAUCAUGUCACUGCUCUGCCGGUCUACAGACGCCACCGCUAGUCCCACUUCCUCCCGCCGGCCUCCCACUACACCAGCGCAAAGGGCCCGAAUCAUAGAGAAGUGGAUCAGAGUAGCACAGGACUGUCGUCGGUUGAAGAACUUCUCAUCUCUGAGGGCGAUCCUGUCGGCCCUUCAGUCUAAUGCAGUUUACAGGUUGAGAAAGACUUGGGCUGCUGUUAGCAGGGAUAGCAUGACCACGUUUGAUAACCUGUGGGAAACCUUUCCUGAUGAGAACUGUGUUCUAACCAACAGAGAGCUCCUGGUGGAGGAUGGAGGCCAAGCAACCAUGGAUAACAUUUCUCCAAAGAUAUCCAAGCGGUGUCCAAUACCCAGACAGAUGAGUACUUCCAGUGGAGUGGUUCCUUACCUGGGCACCUAUCUGACUGUCCUCACCAUGCUAGACACCGCCCUGCCAGACACUGUGGAGGGUGGGCUCAUAAACUUUGAGAAGAGGAGGAGGGAGUUUGAGGUUCUCUCACAAAUCCGUGUGCUGCAGGCGUCCUGUUCCCAGUAUAGCCUGCCCCAUCACCCCAGAAUCGCUGCCUGGCUUCGGGGACACAAGCUGCUCACUGACCAGGAGAGCUAUGAACUGUCGAGGCAGCUGGAGCCUCCAGUGGACUUGUGUUCACCAACUCCCUGGAGCCACCGAACACUCACAAAGAAACUCUCCUUUCUCCUGACAGUGGGCGAAGGAUCUAAAAAGCUCCCUGCUGACCAGAUCAGCGUUUCAUCCUCUGGAUCCAGUGGAUCUGAGAUGGACGAUCUAUCCUCCCCAAACUCAGCCUGUUCCAUCAGACUGCAGCCCUUUCACAGCUCUUGCAACAAUGUAUCCGAGGCCUUCUCUUCCUCCUCAUCCUCCCCCUGCUCCUCCACUGCUUCCUCUCCAUACUCCCCUUCUCCUUCCAGCUCCUCCCCUGACUGCCAGACGGACCUCGGCUCUCCAUCCACGUCCUGCGGUGGCGCUCGGCCGAAACCCCCUCUGGCCUACCACCACAAACGUUCCGCGUCCAUGACCUCCUUCCCUGUCUAUAACCGUCAGGGGUCUGACUGCUGCAUAGUCAGGGUGAGCGUGGACCUGGGCCAGAACAAUGGCAACAUGUAUAAAAGCAUACUGUUGACCAGCCAGGAAAAAACUGCACAGGUGAUUCAGAGGGCAUUGGAGAAGCAUCACCUUGAGCACAUGAACUACCGGGACUUCACCCUGACACAAGUCAUCUCCCAAGAAAGAGAGUUGCUCAUACCAGACAAGGCAAACGUCUUCUACGCAAUGUCCACAACGGCAAACUUCGACUUUGUUCUACGUCAAUUCCACAAAGGCCAGAAGAAACCACUGAGAGCUACGUCUAGUCUCGGGCGAUACACAAAGUAGCACCUCUAGUCUACGAGCUCUGCACCUGAACUCAUGGACCCUUCCUGGAAAAAACGGUCCUAUUUUUAAUGGUUGUUUUAUAUACUAUGAUAUUCUCUGAGAUGGGUCAUCCAUUUUUUUUUGGAUACCAAAGAGGUGAAAAUGUUUUUAUGGUAAUUGAAAAGAUGAUGCAAAAGCACUUUAUGAAGAAGAAUGAUGGAGCUUAAAACACCUGGAUCAGACAUGGUUUUGAUUUCCACUUGGAAUAAACUGGGUACUACUGUUAAACCAAAAACAAACCCCCCAAAAAACAAGAACCCACUUUUCCCCACAGGUGUGUUGGUAAUGGUCACAUGAUUUAAAGUGCAUGGAUGCAUGUGCAAAUAAUGAAUGAUUUUUAGAUCUGAGACUGCUGCUAGAUGUCACUUACAAUAACUCUGUAGGCAUGAAGACUCACAAAGAAUCCCCCCCCCCUGAGAGCAACUCGUGCCAACAUCCGUGACCUAUUUAUACAUGAACAUUGAUAAAUGACUGGCCAUUUCCCAAUGCAGCUGGGCGCCAUUAAUAACCUGUGUGUUAAAAAGGGAAUGGGGGUCAGAUGCUGAGUGAAGGACGAAGACUCGGUAAUGAACUCCUGGGGCCCCGCAGCAGGUUGUCAGCCACUGGAGAUGAGAUAGGCGGCUGUGCUCAUGUGUUGCUGCGCCAGUGCCAUCUGACGAGUGGGUGGGAACGUUCUCGCCAGGGAUCACUGUGUUCUCUGGGAGUUUCACCUGCAGCGUUGCUGUGAUAUUCAUCGUGCGCGGCCCACAGCACCAACUGGAAGGAUGGCAUUCCUGAGCCUGGGUAACCAUGACAGCAGCAGAGACUUUGAUGGACAGCACGGGAUGGGAUGCACACGUGUAAAAUGGUUACUGUAUUUAAAUGAGACAACGAUGAGGGACAAAUGUGUGUUUUCAGUGUUAGUGUAUGACUAAGAAAGUGAAUUUGAUUUUUAGAGUUUAGAUUUCAUCAUUGUAUUUAUUUCUACUCUGGUUCCACUGUUGAUUGCACCUUUAUUUGAUUAACACAUUGUGACGACUCACUAGGUGGCUUUACUGUAUUGUUUCUUGACUGGUAGGCGAAUAUUUUUAAAAAAUCAAAACAAAGUCUAUUCAGAAACAUGUAUGAUCUGUGGUUAUAAUUGUAGAGAUGUCUUAUUUUAUGAUGAAUAUUUAAAAUGUUAACAUUGAAAGUUGUUUUUACUUAAUUUCUUUAAAAACUGUAUUUGACAAAUUUGGUUCAGACUUGUGAAGACUGGAUGUAACUGGUGCUUAAAUGGCUGGACUAAAGCCUAAAGAGGAGUUUAGAUGUAAUCAUUUCAAUGAUGUCUGUUGACGUCAACGUUAGGUCUCUGGUGAGAUAGAUGAUAAGGAUCAUGUUUCCUUGCAGUUAAAGCUCGAGGGAAUAUUAGCAAAGUAGAAGAGUUACACAAGUGAUUGGACACACUUAGUAAAAUCACAAGUUUUAUUCUCAUUCGGAUCGGAUCAUCUAGGGGUCAAGAGCCUUGCUCAAGGGUAUGUAUAAUUGUCAGGAAAAAGAACAGACGUCUCCUCUAUGUACACUGACCCUGCAGAUCUAUGGCUCUGAAACAGGAAACACCAAAUGCUUAUUUCUCCUGACACUGCAGUAUCCCCUAUCCUGGCAGUUGAGACCUGAACAGAUAGUAUUUCUUAGCUUAUAAAAACAGCUUUUUUCACUUGUGAUUAAUGAAGAGAAUGUCACCGCUGUAAAACAAAAAGAAAUAAACAGUUUUUAAAAAUCCAGGA